AUGGGCGGCUUCGACGGCGCUUCAGAGGUCGCUUCCAGCAAUGGUGGCUUCCACCACCAGCAGAGCCACUCGCUCGACCACAGCCUUGCCGGCAGCCUGAGGCAGGAUGAAGAGUCCCCAAGCCGACAGACUCCGCCCGUGUCGGGAUCGCUUUCGAGGCCAGCUAGCGGCUUGUCAAACCCGGCACCUCCGCCAUACAACGACUACCGGCCAAGCUCAGGCGACCAAUCCAACGGCCGGAGCCACGUGGUGAUCAAGGUCGGCAUGGUUGGCGAUGCCCAGAUUGGCAAGACGUCGCUCAUGGUCAAAUACGUGGAGGGGAGCUGGGACGAGGACUACAUCCAGACGCUGGGUGUCAAUUUCAUGGAAAAGACUAUUUCCAUCCGCAACACCGAAAUCACCUUUUCCAUUUGGGACUUGGGCGGCCAGCGCGAGUUUGUCAACAUGCUGCCGCUGGUGUGCAAUGACGCAGUCGCCAUCCUCUUCAUGUUUGACCUGACGCGCAAGAGCACGCUCAACAGCAUCAAGGAGUGGUAUCGCCAGGGCCGUGGAUUCAACAAGACGGCAAUCCCCGUCUUGGUCGGCACCAAGUACGACCACUUUGUCAACUUUCCAAUCCAGGACCAAGAGGAGAUUUCCAAUCAGGCGAGACGAUUUGCCAAAGCCAUGCGGGCAUCACUGAUUUUCUCAAGUACAAGCCACAGCAUCAACGUACAAAAGAUUUUCAAAAUUGUCCUUUCCAAAGCGUUUGACCUCAAGUGCACCAUUCCCGAAAUCGAAAACGUCGGCGAACCAUUGUUAUUAUAUCAGUCUGUCUGA